AUGAAAUUGCGAUAUACGUUGGACCCGUCGUUAAAGCGACAGAAAAUUGGUGAGAUCCACACGAGAAUGGGCACUUUGGAAGCUUGUUUCAUCCACGAAAAAGAUUGGCCAAUAGUGGUACAGUUCUUGGCGAAUGAGUUUGGUGCGAAUGAGCCGAUCAACCAUGCUUUGGGUAAGCUGAUUUUAGUGCCACAUUUUCCGCUGUGAGAGUACGCAAAUUGCGGAGAGAGGUCACAGAGAAAAACACCAUUUUCGUGCUGAAUUUUUUUGUGGAAACAUUAUCCCCUCCGGUAGAAAGUUUGGUUAAAAAUAAUCGAAAAAAAUUCUCUAUCUGAUUUAUUGUCAAGAAUAAGAAUGCAGCAUUCAUAAAUACCGUACCUUUCUCAUAGCUGAUAAUAAAAAACCAAACAAAAUAGUCAGACAUUAAACUUUUUGUUUUGCGAUGAGAACUUUUCUUUUGAAACAAAGAUAAAUGUCAGCUAAAAUGAAGUAAGUUUAGAGCUGAGACCCGAAGAUACGAUAAGAGGAUUUGAAGAGCAAGUAGAGACAAAAUGGGCACCAUCAAAUGUGUCGAUCAUUGCCAUCAGGAAUAAUGAAUUGGCCGGGGCCAUAAUCAAUUGGAUUGUGCCCGUGGAUCGGUCCAAGAAAUGUGAACCAGCUAAAAUUCAGAGCGAUUAUGGCGAACGUAAGGGCCAUCUUUUUGUGUCAGGUCGAAUUACUUUUUAAAACUAUUAAAAUUUGUCUUUUAGUAAUAAAACAAAUGCGAUCAGAGAUCGACGAUUUUACCUCAAACUUUCCCAAAGUAAUCGGAGUCAUUGGUGAUCUCGAAGAGUCCGUUCCGUAUUAUAUUCCGGAAGAUGCUGAUCGAUUCUUUAGGAUAGAUAUCAUCUGUGUUUUCAUGGACUUCCAAGGGUAAUUUUGACUUUGUUUAAAAAUGAUGAUGCUUUCAAGAUGACAGAAAUUUGUAAAGGCUAUAAUAAAUUACGAAAUUUUAGGUUGGGACUGGCCAAGUUCCUUUGGAAUUUGUCGUUAAAAAUCGCAAGUGAUCGCGGAAUUUCUCCCGUUGAAUCGAUCUGCACAGCGGUGGCCACACAAAAAAUCGCAAGAUCGGUAAGAAUUUGCAAAAUAAUUGUCUGAUUUGAUGUCCAAAAUGUUUGAAAAUAGUUUGUCUGUAGCUGCAACACGCAAGCUAAAGUUUUCAGGGAUUACUGCAUGCCUAGAUAAUUAAUAUUUGUUUUCAGACCGGUUUCAACUCCGUCUUCCAAAUGCCCUACAACAAGGUCCGUGAAAACGGCCAAUAUCUCUUCCAAACCCCUCUCAUCGACGGCUCUGAAAGUGCCCAUUUAAUGAUCAAAAACCUCCACCAAUCAGAGAACAUCCAGCCUUGUUAG